CACAAGGGCCGAAGCACUCCCGACGUCACCACCGUGCGACAAAGAAACAAAAAGACGGCGGUACCUCCAAAGAAGACCGGUAUUACACGAGUUCGUCAUCCUUUGCUCCCGUUCAACCUAGGCAUUGCCAUACCUUACAUUUUCAACAUGCGGUUACUCACUGGACCCGCUGGCACGGGCCUGGGACUCAACGUGCCAGCCAUCUUCAACUUGCAGCUGGAUGCCGCUCACCGUAGGCGGCCAGGACUGCUGCUGAGCCUAUUCGGAAACAGGGAACCCCUGUUCAACUUCAACCGUCGCAAGCGGCCCGGAAAUCCGCUGCUGAGCUCCCCGCUUCGGCCACCGUUCGCGCAACUCCCGGAACAGGACAACGACAUAGACAUCAAGCGAAAGCCUGUCGAGAAAGCUGCGUGAGAGGUCUUGUUAUAAUGGCUAGAAAGGUUUCUAGUCACUAUAAUAUGGAACUUUUUCUAGCCACUGUAGUCUUAUGUGAGACGGUAACAGCUGAUCUCUUUCAAUCGUGCUGGUUGCGAAAAGUGCUGGUGUUCGGUUGAUGCUCGAACUUUUAUAUCUUCAUACGCGCUGUUUUUUUUUGCCAACAUUGAUGUUUCAUCGUAAACACAAAAUGUAUUUUUUUGCAUAAACAUUAAAAUUUGAAGCAAUCAGUGUACACUGCAACGUAAAAAGAAAAAGAAAAAUUUAGGCUUAUAUAUAUUUUCUCGAAUGGCAACAUGGCUGGCACUUUCUGAUUUCAAGUAGAGCUUUUUAAAAAUCCCGGAAUACCAAGUGUGCCGGCUGGGAUGACGGAUUGCUCGACUUACAGGCAUCUAAUUGCUUUGAUUUAUCUGGGAACGUCUUCUUCGAAGGACAUUAUCUGAAUAAUGAAAGAGAAGCAGUGCGCGAAAAAAAAAAAACGCAUGCAGACAAUUUCGCAGCACUUCAGCAUGCAAUGUUACAUCUGAUAUUCCCGACAUUGUUUGGUUGGCCUAGUGAUAUUUUAGGUUUCGACACGUCAAAUUUUAUCUUUGUGUUCUUUUUUAUGUGUUUCGCAAUAAAUACGUGGCUAUCUGAAA